UGCCAGCUCCUUCCCGAUCUCUCUCUCUCCGGCUCUCUCUCACAAUCUUGCAGAUAGAAAGAAUCACUUUCUUUCUCCCCAAGCAGGAAGAACGAAGCACUUAGAUUCAUGGCAUAUCUUCUACUGUAAAAAAUAAAGGAAAAAAAACGAAGGCUUCAUCAACGAAUGAGACAUUUGGGGAUUAUUUAGCCAAUAGCAGGGGGGGGAUGCUGCAGUUCCAGAAAUAUAUGGGUUUGUUACAUUUCGUAACGUUGUGUCUCUGUCUCCUCUCUGUGUUUGAGAGCUGCAUUGCCAUUAAUCAGCAUGUUGGUCGGAUAUAUCCUGGAUUCCAAGCGUCUCAUAGCGAAUGGACCGAUAAAAAUGGGCUAUUUCUGUCAUCCAACAAUUCGGCAUUCGCCUUCGGCUUUUACACUGCCCUGGAUGUGGAAUUGUUUUUACUAGUAGUCAUUCACAUGGGUAGUUCCAAAGUGGUUUGGACUGCUAAUAGAGGCUUACUGGUUAAGAAUUUUGACAAGUUUGUUUUCGAAGAAAAUGGAAAUGUGUUUUUGGAAAUUGGGGACGGUGUAGUUUGGUCUACUAAUACGACAGGGGAAAAGGUUGGAUCCGUGGAAUUGCAGGAUUCAGGAAACUUGGUAUUGCUUGCAAAGAAUAGAAGUAUUCUUUGGCAAAGCUUUAGCCAUCCCACUGAUACCCUUUUACCUGGCCAGGUGUUCCGGGAAGGAAUGAGUCUUAAAAGCUUCCCAAACCGCAACAACUUGUCUCAUUAUCUUGAGUUCAAACCAGAUGAUAUGGUCUUGUAUGCAGGUUUUGAAACCCCACAACUCUAUUGGUCUAUAACAACUGAUGGCCGGAAAAGCAAUAACAAUGUCACCAGCAGCGUCCAUUCUGUCUCUCUGGUGUCCAAUUCAUGGAACUUUUAUAAUCAAGAAGGACUUUUGCUUUGGCAAUUUGUCUUCUCUGACUAUAAUGGCACCAGUGCCUUGUGGGCUGCUAUUUUAGGCUCUGAUGGGUCAAUAUCAUUCUAUAAUCUUCAGAAGGGAAAGAGUGUCGCUCCAGAGGCAACCAAGAUACCAGAAAAUUCCUGCGGUGUUCCAGAGAAUUGUGACCCUUAUCAUGUGUGCUAUUUUGACAACUGGUGCCAAUGCCCACCGCUUCUCAGCUCUGAAUUUAAUUGCAAACCCCAGACCGUGUCAACCUGUAAUAGCUCCAAAAGUUCAGCCAAGCUUUUAUACGUUGGUGAGAAGCUAACUUAUUUUGCACUUGGAUUUGUUAAACCCCUUUUGAAAUCUAAUCUAAAUGCAUGCCAAGAGGCUUGCCUUACAAGCUGCUCUUGCCUUGUGCUGUUCUUCGAAAGGACCUCUGGGAGAUGCUUUCUAUUCGACCAGAUAGGGAAUCUGCAACGCUCUGCUGAAGGUUCUCCUGGUUAUAUUUCAUACAUGAAGGUCUCAGGUGUCAGAAAUGGUGGACCAAGUCCUGCAAGCAGAGAGGAAAGGAAGCACGUUAUAGCAAUUGUAAUAAUUGUUAUUGCAACCAUAUCGGUAAUUCUUGGUCUAAUUUACAUGGGAUUCUGGUGUCACUGCAAAAAGAAGGGAUUGCUGGAAUAUUCUCGAGACAACCUGGAAGAAGAUAAUUUCUUGAAUAGUCUUUCUGGGGCACCUGUUCGUUUCAGUUAUAGUGAUCUCAGUCUAGCAACCAAGAACUUUACUACAAAGAUUGGUGCAGGCGGGUUUGGAUCAGUCUACCUCGGUGUGCUUCCAGAUGGUACCCGCUUGGCUGUGAAAAAACUGGAGGCCAUUGGGCAGGGAAAGAAGGAGUUUAGAGCUGAAGUCACAAUUAUCGGGAGUAUCCAUCAUGUCCAUCUGGUCAAGCUCAGAGGAUUCUGCGCUGAGGGGUCUCACCGGCUUCUUGUCUAUGAAUACAUGGGAAAAGGGUCUUUAGAUAAAUGGAUAUUUAAGAACAAUGAAGGAAGUCACUUAUUGGAUUGGGAUACCAGAUUCAACAUAGCAUUAGGGACUGCAAAGGGAUUAGCUUAUCUCCACGAGGAGUGUGAAGUGAAGAUUGUUCAUUGCGAUAUAAAACCUGAAAAUGUUCUUCUUGACGAUAAUUUUACUGCAAAAGUAUCUGAUUUUGGUCUGGCCAAGCUAAUGAACCGGGAACAGAGCCUUGUGCACACGACGCUAAGGGGUACAAGAGGUUACCUUGCACCCGAAUGGAUCACCAAGUAUGCCAUAUCAGAGAAGAGUGAUGUAUACAGCUAUGGCAUGGUCUUGCUUGAGAUCAUUGGAGGGAGGAAGAAUUACCAUCCAGAAUAUAGUUUAGAGAAAGCCUAUCUUCCCUGGUAUGCCUCCAAGAUGUUAGAAGAAGGAAAACUGAAAGAAAUAUUUGAUUCUGAGCUAGAGAUAGAUGAGAAUGAUGAAAGGGUUUCCGCUGCAAUCAAGGUGGCACUGUGGUGUAUACAGGACGACAUGCAUUUAAGACCACCAAUGACUAAAGUAGUCCAAAUGCUUGAAGGCAUUUGGGCUGUGCCUUCGCCUCCAAUCUCCUCCCAAACCAGUUCUCACUCGAAGUUCUUCAAAUGGAGCAGUGGAGAGACUACUUCAUCAGGACCGAUUGAUUACUAUAGCGAGUUGGCCAUGUCAGAUGUGCGGCUAUCAGGCCCAAGAUGAAAGCAAUUUUCAUUAAUGUAAACGUAAAUAUUGCCUUCUUUGUACUUUUGAAGUGAGAAAAAGUUUUAUUAUAGCCCUUCAUAUUGUUCCCUA